CCCUCCUCAGCAUUAUCUGGUACUGGGGCUCCGCCAAAAGUUUACUGGCGAUGGAGGAAAGCGAGUCAACAGCCAGAGAGAGAGCCACAGGAGGGGAUGGAGGGCGGGAGAGCAGCAGCAGGAUGCUGAACUCCAACAAGCCUCUGCACCGCUUCCUCCAGAGGGAAUCCAGAAGUCUUGGGAUCGUCAUUCUGAUCUUCGGCUGUGCCGAGCUGCUGAUGGGGUUCCAGCUGGCAUACGCCGGAAGAUCCAUGUCCUCUAACGCAAUCUACGGCCCCUUUUGGGAAGGAACUCUGUUUGCUGUCUGUGGAAGUUUGUCCAUCUACACAAACAGAAAUCCGUCCAAGAGGAUGGUGACCGUGUGUUUGGCCAUGUACCUUGUGUCCAUAUCUGGAUUCUUCGUCUGUUUUGGCUACAGAAUACACAUUUUUUGUUCGUCUCCUAUGAUGUGGUACAGAAUAGGAUCCUGGCCCUGGGGAUACAACAGAAUGAUGCAGAUUUUGAGCAUCGAAGCCUUGUUGUUCGUCUUCUCUGUAUGUGUGUGCGUGAUUCUCAUCUUUCUGAGCGCAGUCGCUCGUUUUGCACUAAAAUCCACGCACACCCAGGUUGCCAUCCGGACGGUAACAUACCAGCAACGUGAAACGACGUCUGAUUGAGCUCACCUGCUUCACGUAUUCUACAACCACUAACACAUUUCUAUGUGCAGCUGUUUGUUCUCUGUGAAAAACGUCUUUAGUUUCUGUUGACUGGAUCAUGUAAGUUUUCACUGAGCCGUAUUUUCAGCUUUUGUGUACAGAUUGUUUUAAAUGAAGGUUAUUUUAAGAAUCUCAUGUGAGCGAGACAUUUAACAGACUUUUUAUCAGCAGUGAGAUUUUCUUUUCUGUGUUUGCUGAAGGAUUCAUGGAAACUACUACAGUAUUUGCAGUACAGUAUUAUUAUAGUAGUACGGUAUUCAGAUUUUAUGUUACAGCCUCAGAACAGGUCACCAACCCUAAAACCUGCCAGAUAAAGUAUAAAGAGAUAAAUAUUUUGUAUGUACUUUUUUUUUUGAUGAACAGAGGUCCAUAUAUUUUGCCACUAUAAGUGAAUUUCAAGUGUUUUAUUGAAGUGUUUGUUUGUGACGACCCACAUUUUCACAUCAUUUCUACUGAUCACUAUUUCAAAGCUUUCUUGUUUCCAAAAAUGUGACCAUAGUCUUAAAUUCCUUUGUAGCUUCCUAUCAGAAACUGUUACAAUCUAAAUAACAGCAGAUGAAAAUAAAAUGCUGCCAAAACGAUGUAAAAAAUAUCAAGACCAGCUAAACCUUUCUGAGAGAGUCAGAGCAGCAAAGCCUUCCUUGUCCAUUGCUUUGUUUCAUUUUUAUUUCCACUAACACGACCAGGAGAAAUAUUCUUACUGGAAUAUGUUUACAUGUAAUGAGUCUGCUUGCUUUUCAAAACGUUUAGCUUUAUAUGGUGCAAUAAAUGUGUUUUGUGUUCUUGUCUA